AUGCCUGAAUUUCAAAGUGCACUCUGGUGGAGGCGUGAGGGUAUGAGUGGGGUUGAGCAUGCCAACUUUAUAGGAGGAAUAGGCCACCCUGGCUCCAUGGAACAAAAGGUUUGUAUUGAGAACAGUGGGAAACUGAGGACAGAGCGGGACGCAACCAACUGGUCAAAGGGGAAGCUGCGGGAGCUCCUGGUGGGGGUCAUGGUGGAAGAUGAGGUUGGCCGCUGUGAGAUCAGUGACCUGAAGCAGGUGGAAGGGGAGGCCUCCUGCAGCAGCCGCAAGGGAAAGCUGAUUUUCUUCUAUGAGUGGAACAUCAAGCUGAGCUGGAAAGAUGGCCUAGAGCUGGAUGUUGAGAAGACAGAGGAGCUGGAGAUUGUGAGAACACAAUGUGUGUUGGGUACAAUCAAGGAAUCUGGUGCAAAGCAUAGAGGAUCGGUUGAAAUACCCCACCUCUCUGAAGAAAAUGACGUGGACGAUACGGAGGUACAUGUGAGUAAAAAGAAAGGAGAUGGAGAUUCACUGAAGGAUCUUAUGAAAACGGCAGGGGUGGCCAAGGUCCGAGAAGCCCUUGAAAAUUACCUGAAAGCCCUGAAGACAGAAUUUACAACAGCAAUGAUUUUACCAACAAAGAGUACUCAGGAACUGACUGCAAAAAGAAAAUUGAGUGGACAUCCUUUUCAGGAUUCGGUAUCUCCAAUGGCUCCGGAAGCAGUAGGCGUGAGGAUUCCAACAGUGACAAUACAGAUGAGGGAAAUGUUCAACACGGCAGUAGAACAGCUGUAUAGCAUCUUCACCAGUAAGGAUUUGGUGCAAAAGUUUUCUAAAUCUUCUGCUGUGAUAAAAGCUGAAAAAGGAGGCAAAUUCCAGAUGUUUGAUGGGAAUGUUACUGGUGAAUACCUAGAACUGUUAUCCAAUGAAAGGAUUGUUAUGAAGUGGCGAUGUAAGAGCUGGCCAGAGGAACAUUAUGCAACUGUUGCACUGAAUUUUGUGCCUGUGGUAGGACAAACAGAGUUACAGCUAAACUGCAAAGGAGUUCCAGUUUGUAAAGAAGAAAGUACAAGACAGUGCUGGGAGAAGCAGCAUUUUGAAGAAAUAAAGAGGCUUACUGUAGCUUUUGGCAACCCUGAACAGUUGAAUUAGCUAGAAGACAUUUUAUAAAGGCAUUACACUUUUUUAUAAGUGGAAAAAAGUUCAUGCUUCACUAAGCCUCUUUUUUUUGCCCCUU